AUGCCUCUGGACUCGGCCCAAUUGAACGUGCUACGGUGGCCCCAGGUGGACGAAUACGUCAACUCGAUCAGAGCCAACAUAAAAAGCAAUAGAGAACAACAAGUGUGGAAAGAAAGCGGGAGGCCGGACAACGGGGCCACCACACAGCCAAGGCCAAGGAACGAUCCCCGCAUUAGCCCGGAGGGAGAGGAUCACUACGACAUACUACGGAACGAAGUUCGUCGAAUGGACACACGCCGUCAUAUAGGAGAAAUCCAGCCGCGACGAGGAGGGGCGAGGACAAGCUAUGGACUUGGGGACAGGCGUACUAGUGAUCCGCAAGCCGGAGUUACCGGUACCCGGUCACGAAGCAGACUCAGCCUCUUAAAGGGGGUACUAGAUGCAACUACCAAUGCCAUGACGUUCACCGGUCGAGAGAAGGUGGAGCUGGUGCAAGAUGGGGAGAAGUAA